AUGCAUAAGUAACCCAAACAAACCACUCCCAAAAAUGUAAUCAAAUAAACUCCCCUCAACACUUAAGAAAUACUCUAAAGAUUAAUGAAAAAAAAUUCUAAAUCGAAAUUACAAUUAAUAGAUAUAGCAGAUGAUACAAGGAUUGUUAAAAAUGAGAAAUACGUUUCUAAAUCACCUUGUUCAGGAUGGCAAAGCUUUAGAAAUUAAAGUUCUGAAAGAGCGAUUCAUAAAAUAAGGCAUUAAUCCAAUGAGGAUUUGUAAAAAACUCUUAAGAAACCAUGCCAUCUAAAUCAUGUAAGCUCAAUGAUUGGAUUUCAAUAAAAAGAUUUCAUUUAGAAUGCAAAUGCCUUUCUGAGAGAAAAGAAUCUUGAAAACAAACUUGAUACUUUGACCCAAUAGGUCUCGAAAUUAAGGGAAAAGUCGGAAUAAUUGGAAUUUUAGAAUAAAUUACUUUUUGACAAUUUAUAAAAGUAUAAAUGCGAAGGCAAUCAAGAAAGAAAUGCCUUGCUUGAAAGGCUGGAUCACAUGAUUGAAAUGCAAUAGAAACAGGAAGAGAAUCUCUAGCACAUUAAGACCUUAUUCGGUGACAAUUCCAGGAGAAUAAAGACCCAACAAUCCCAACCCAAGCAAAGGAGUUUUGGAAAAUCUGCCUAUAUGGGAUUCAAUGUGUGA